AAACACCUGGACACUCUCGCCAGGACCAACUCCGUCGCCGAAGCUUGGGCGGCCUACAGCAACUACCGCACGCUAUCCAUGCUCGAGCUCGCACCCGGCGAAGAGCCGCAGAUUCCUUUCGCGCACCUGCACCGCCUGGCGCGCCUCAUCACAUCCGUCAAGCCGCGCACCCGGAACGAGUUCUUGCAGCUGUACUCUGUCAUAAACACUCUCAGGAAGACAGGCGGAACCGUCCAUCUCUGGGAGUGGAACGCGCUGAUGGACUGCGCGGGAAAAGGGUCUCGGAAGACGCAGUUUGCGGACUAUCAACGGUCUCUUGCUGUUCUGAAUGACAUUCUGGCGUCGCAGCGCGCUCCAGGGGCGUCGGGACGUGGUGAUGACAACGGGGCCUUAGAGUCAUCCAAGGGGAAAGGCUUGGCACCUGAUGUAUAUACAUACACCACGCUCCUCAACAUCGCAGGCCGAACGUUGGAUUCGAAUGCCGUCCGUCACGCGCUGUCACUUUUCCGAGCUAGCAAGAUCCCUCCGAACCGCAUCACCCACCUUGUCCUGCUCCGCUACUUCACUCACAAGAAUGACAGUGUGGCCAUCCGGCAGACCAUGUCGCACAUGAAGGAGCAAGACAUUCCCCUGGAUAUAGCAGCUGUGAACGCAUUCAUCUGGGCUUUUGCUCGCAAUGGUCGUCUGGAGCUUGCGUGGAAUGUCUACCGUGUCCUCCGGUAUCAUCUACAGCCUAAGGAAGGGUCCGGCUCUGAAGGUUUUGACGAUGAAGAAAUCAUGGCGGUGAAGGAGAACUUCGCUGGCGAUGGCUUGGCCAUACCCGAUGACAUGGUACCGGACCAUGUCACGUACCACACCCUAAUCCAAGCCUUUGCCUAUCGAGGGGAUGUCAUAAGGUCCCUUCAAGUCUUUGUGGACAUGCUCUCUAGCCCCCUUGACGGGUCGCGACGCUCGGACACUGAUCCUCCGACCUUUACGCCCACUCUUGCCGCCUACCGAGCGAUUUUCUACGGGUUUGCGCGGUACGGCCGACCUUCUGUGGCCUCGACUGGCUUGAUCCCCGUUAUUUCGCAGCAGGAGCCGGGCGACCCCUUCGAGUCCGAUUCUCCCUCCGGUUUCGCGUGGAGCCCGGAAAAUCUGGACCUCGUUUUCCGGAACUUCUUGGACCUGCCCGGCGAUGUUCACCCCAGCGACCGGAUGGUGUGGUGGAUUAUCGUGGCAUUUAUCAAGACGAGCGACGCAGACGUCGUUAGACUUAGGGACGUGUGGUCUCGUCUUCAGGGGAGAUACCCUGGCCACUGGAGUGAGCGUAUCAGGCGAUUCGAGGCUAUU